CUACUCAUUGGGAUAUUACAAAUAGUGUAGGUAGGUGCUGCUAAUCAGACAUAUUGCUAUUAGUAUACUUUUAGAUAUUAACUCUUGAAUGUAUUGAAGAGAUAUAAUUAUGUGUUAGAUAUUCACCACUUUUUAUGUGUAAUAAUAUAUCCAUUAUAAGUAUUAUCCCUCAAUAUUUAGAUCUUUUCAAGAUUUAACCGUUAACGAUUUCUUCAUUACUUCACCAGUUGACGUAUAGUGAACUUCACAAAAUCAAUACAUUAGACUUUCAAGCUUGUCUUUUGAUAUUCCAGUUUUUGUCACUUGCCUUUGCACGUAGGUUGUAGUUCUUUAAGUCACUAACCCGUAACAUUUAGAAUACCGUAAAUUUUUUUAUCCACUUAUCACUCUAAUCUUUAAAAAGAAGUUUGUUUCUACCAAGUAAAACUUAAAAACUUCGUUUCCUCCAAGUUUUUAGGAUUUUGGUGUAGACUGAUUUAUUGUCAAAUGAACUGCGUAUGUAAAGUUUCCUUAAGAUUGGUGUUUUUCCGUAGUGACAAGUGAUUUUACCAUCAAAUAAGUCAAGUAUUUUGGUAUAUGGAAGAAAUUACUUCUAACUAUGGUUGUUUUUUUAUGGUAUUCCGAUACUAUUUCCACAUUUAUUUUCACUGGAUUUGUAGCUCCAAAUUAGUCUAAAUAUGUCAACCACAAGAACAUAUGAAUCAAUGAAGAAAUUACUUGAAUGUGCUAAAUUGGAUAUCUCUUUCACAUCAAACAUAUUUCAGUCAGUGAAAUUUGACUGUCCAUUAUUAUCCGAAGAGUACAAAUUGAUUGAAGUGCCGAAUUGGUUAGCCGAUGAAGUGAUGCAUAAAAAAGAGAACCAAGCUAUAACUCUAAAAAGUGAACAUAAACCUAAUAAUACGGGGCAUGUAUUUGCUUGCAUAAGUGACAAAACGUUUUCGGUUAUAGAAGCAAAAACGUCUAAUACACUCCUUUUAGCCUCUAAUUGGUGGUUGCCUUCAUCCGAUAGGCCUAAAGAGAAUUUAGUACUUGUUACACCAAUUCAAGCUGUCAAAAAUAAUUACUUUGAACUUCAGCAAUGUUCAGCUCCAUCUUUAAAACAACUGAGGCUUUUGUUAUCUUCAUCUCUUUACUAUGGUCCUGUUGAUGAUGAGUGUGAUUCGGAGAAUAAAAGCUCUAAUCUCAGCUAUUUUGAUCGUGAUACUGUUGAAACCCGACUGCCAUGCAGUAAGCUGGAGUUUAAUGAGGCGUUUCGACGAUUGCACGUAUGUGAAAUCAAUGGAUAUUUACGAAUGCUUGAUCAUGAAUACAUGACACAGGUAGUUAGAGAUCUUUUUGCCCUUGCUGAUGAAAAUGCAUGGGACUGGCGUAAAGAUGGUUUCCCUUUGCAUGCCUCAAUAGAAGGCUUAGCAAAUCAACACCUUCCAAAUAUCACCAAGCAAAUUAUGAUGUUAAUUUGUUCUCAGUUAGAAAAUCGAAAAGCACUCGAUUCUAAAGAUGUGUACGUUUACCCGCGGAAUUCGAAAAUUUGUCAAAUAGUUGGGGAACAUCUACUAUCAGUUAUUAGCAGCUUUGACCUAAAUGACUUCCUAACACUGUGGAAAGCCUCAGUUCCCAACGGACUGCGACCGAAGCUUCGUCGUCAUUUGACUUGCGCUGGACGUGCAUAUUGUGAAAUAACACCCUUACCUACAAAUGGUACAAGCGUAAAACUGGAAGGUAAUGACAUCCGUUCUCGAUUUCGAUGUAUUUCCCUGCUACGUUCUGAGGACUUACCUGAUGAGAGUGUUGAGGCGCGUCUUAAUGCAUUAUUUGAGAGAUGUUCUGUGUGGCCCGAACCAGAAAUAGGUAGUUUCUUAACAGAAUUGUUACCCCCACAACCUCCCAGGAAAAAUUCUUCUUCCAAACUCUUAGUCCCAGAAAAGGGAUCUCAAGUAGAUACGUUUUCUGACGUUUCGUAUGCUGAUUCUGAUUCAGACUUCAGUUAUGAAGAUUAUUGUACGGAGUCUACUGAAACUGUUUCAGCACUGGAAGAUGUACCCAUACCAACGCCACCUGCUGUUUGUUCACUGCUAAACAAAUUCUGUCGUAUUAAUAAUAGUUCAGUCGGACGUUUAUUAACUCAACGACAUUCGAAGUAGAAAUCAUUUUCAUAUCUUAC